AUGUUGCCCCGACGCAAAAGUCGCCCGCUCCCUACGGCGAUAUUCCUCAUUGUUGCCACCUACGUUCUUUUCUUCUGGCUUCCCAAAACACAAUCAUUCCGACGUCUCCCAAAGCCCAUUUCCCGCCAAGACACAACAAUUCGCUCAGACGCUAUUCGUCUAAACAAAGUCGCUGAAAAAUAUCCGGUCAAGGAAUACAUCCAAUUACCCACCGGCUCAGCAACCAUCCCGCGCAUCCAGUAUGAGUUUCCCGAGGAAACCAGCAGCGAGCGCCGCCAGCGCCUGAAACGGCGCGAUGCAGUCAAGAGUACCUUUAUGCACGCCUGGAAUGGCUACAAAGAACGCGCCUGGCUGCGCGAUGAGGUCAAGCCCACCUCGGGCUACCACACCGAUUCCUUCAACGGGUGGGGUGCCACCCUGGUCGAUUCCAUGGAUGCACUAGUUAUUAUGGGUCUCGACGACGAGCUGGAGCUCGCGCUUGAAGCUCUGAAGGAAAUCGACUUCACAACGACCAAGAGCAAACAGGUCCCUGUUUUUGAAAUCAUUAUCCGCUACAUGGGCGGCUUUAUGGCCGCCCAUGAUCUGACCCACGGAAAGCAUCCGAUUCUAUUGGAGAAGGCGACCGAACUGGGUGAAAUGAUCUACCAUGCAUUCGAUACGCAUAAUCGGAUGCCCUCGGUGCGCUGGGACUGGACAAAAUCCGCCAAAGGCGAAGAAAUCAGACCGUCCCCUCGAACCAGUCUAGCGGAAGUUGCUUCCCUGACCCUCGAGCUUACGCGGUUGACGCAGGUAACUGGCGACCCCAAGUACUACGACGCGGUACAGCGCGUCAUGAAUGAGCUUGAGAUCGGGCAAGACAAGACCCGCAUUCCAGGCUUGUGGCCUACCUGGCUUGACAUGGAUCGGAUGGAUUUCGAGGACUCUGAAUUCACGAUCGGUGGAUGUGCCGAUUCCGCAUACGAGUAUCUUCCGAAAUCCCAUAUCCUGCUUGGCGCUCAGACGGACAAGUACCGCAAGAUGUACGAGAAAGCGAUCAAAGCUUUCAACGAUAAGCUGCUCUUCAGGGCUAUGACCCCGGAUGAAGACCAGCAUGUCCUCUUCGCUGCAGAUGCUAUUGGCUUGAGAGGCAAUUCCCAGACUCUGAAAUACUCGGCUGAUCACUUGAAGUGCUUCAUGGGUGGUUCUGUGGCGAUUGCAUCCAAGAUCUUCAAUCGACCACAAGAUAUGUAUGUUGCGCGUGGUCUGACAGAUGGAUGCGUCUGGGCCUACGACAUCAUGCCGACAGGAAUCAUGCCUGAAAUCUUCAAGGUGAGCCAUUGCCAGGAACUUGAUCAUUGUCCGUGGGACGAAGAAAAAUGGAUGUCGGAUGUCCUUUCGCGGUCCAUUGAUUCCGAGGAGACGAGAGAGGCGGCAGAGGAUCAGAUCGAGGCAGAGAAGUUGCCACCCGGUGUCACAGAGAUCAAGGACCCGAACUAUAAGCUGAGACCCGAGGCACUCGAGUCCGUCUUCAUCAUGUAUCGGAUCACUGGAGACAAGAAGCUUCAAGAUACAGCCUGGCGCAUGUUCCAGCAUAUCGACAAAGCAACACGCACCAAGUUCGGACAUUCCACGAUCAAAGACAUCCGUCAUUCCAAGCCAAGGUUCGAGGAUAAGAUGGAGAGUUUCUGGCUUGCGGAGACUUUGAAAUACCUAUACCUGAUCUUCUCUGAGCCAGAUCAUAUUAGUCUGGAUGACUAUGUGCUGUGA